AUGGGAGUGUUGGAAUCCGUGGAAUUGCUUUCUUUGCCCAAAUCGGCCGGACGGUCCUUUGCGCUCUUUGCCAUUUCACUUCCCGGCGCUGUCAGGUCUGCCCUGCGACCGCGGAAUCUCGAGACACCACCGAGCUCUCCCCGCAACCAGCGCGCGCCGUGCCUGCAACCCACACCACUCAACAUGGCGUCAAAAGCACAGCUCGACAAGCAGCAGCAGCUCCAGACGACGUACCAGAACUACAAGACGACACUGCAGAACAUAGCGUCCAAGAUCGGCGACAUUGAGCAGGAGACAGAAGAGCACAAACUCGUGCUGGAGACGCUAGAGCCGCUGCCGGGGGGCCGCAAAUGCUUCCGCAUGAUCAACGGCGUGCUGACCGAGCGGACCGUCGCAGACAUUGUGCCCAUUCUGCAGACCAACCAGGACGGGCUGAAGAAGACGCUGGAGGAGCUGGUCAAGCAGUACAAGAGCAGACAGGACGAGAUGGAGAAGUGGAAGAAGAAGAACAAUGUGCAGGUCGUUCAGCAGCCGGGGCAGUGA